AUGACCGGCAGAAUGCUCUCGAUCAGCUCCGUCGUGCUGCGCGACGGCGCCUGGAGUAAGAAGCUGUUGGGUGAUGCCGCCUUGCUUCGCGACGCCCGAUUGCCUCCGCCUGUGCCGUUCGCGCGGGCCGCCAGCAUCACGACGCGCCCCUUGGCGGAUGAGGUGCACGACGUAUCGACGCAAGAGUAUGCCGACGAUAUCUAUCAGACGUGGUCGCUUUCCCGCCCGAACCCGCUGGGGGCCAUGGCGGGAGUGCUUGCCUUUAACGCCAUCCUCGAUCGUGAAUUUCGGGAACAGGGAGGUUUUGCCCAUAAUCCUGAUAAAGAGGUGUGCGUGUGCCUGCGAUGGUGGGCCCUGGGCCCUGCGCUGCUAUGGGGGCGCUUCUUUCCCAAGGGGUCCAUCUUCCAGUGUGCUCGCGCUGUCUUGCGCGGCCGUCGGCCAGUGUUUGAUCCUCGGAACCCAGGGGCUUCUCCGACAUGCAGAUUCAUGUCCGAAUCCCAUGUCCUUAAGUCAUUCGGGAUCACGGACAUCAGGGCCGAGCUGACGAUGCAACGGUUACGACAGUGGCAACGCCUCGUUCGCUAUCCUGCUGAUGGCAGACAGGUCCUCACGACGCUGUUUGGAAUUUCCGGUGGCUUCGAGGAGGGCGGCACUUUCGCCCCGUCUGGCAUGAUCGCCGGCACGGCUAACCCCUGGGCGAGGCAGUUUGGGCAGGAUGUCGGGGCCCUGCUGUGCCUUAGCAAUGGCCCUGAGUUUCUUGCGUCGCACUCGAUUCUGGAGAUCCGCACUAUCACUCAGGCCUUCUUUCCUGUGGUCGCCCGCGUGGCCCCCCGCAACGCCCGGGCCAUCGGCGCGUUGGAUGCGGCGGUGUACCGCGUGAUCCUCCUGGUGAGGGGCCAUCCGAUUUGCCGGGCCAUGAGACAGGAAGUACCAUUAUGGAACGCCCUCGGAGUUCCACUCCCGCACCGGCGGCUGGCCUUGUUGGGAGCUGUACGUCAGCAGGGCGAGAGAGUAGGGGCCGCCAGUGCGGAGACCAUCGCCGACUACCUAGGCGGGAUCAAGGCGGGCCCCGCGAUCACGAACGAGCAGAUGCGCGACAAGGUGCGCCAUUGCCGCAUCUCAUUCACGCACGGCAGGAAUAUUAUGCAGAUUCACGUGGCUGCGGACGCCGCAGGAUCACGCAGCGACAGCCUCAUGCAGGUGAUGCUGGACAUUAUUGAGCAGGUCUUCGGCCAGGACAGAGCCGACAUCACGAACGAAAUGUCGCGAUCCUCGGAGCUGGAGCAGGACCCGGGGCCCCUGCUGCGCGAGCUGCGCUACCGCACCUGCCUGGAGCAGCCGCCCCCCGCCGAGCGGGCGGAGCUGGAGAGGAGGUUCUGGGAGCCGCUGCGCGCGCUCCGUGCCGCGGGCGAGGGCUGGUGGCGCGCCCCGGCGGCCACGGAGGCGCUUUCGCGGCAGCUGGACGAGCAGGGGUUCGUGCUGAUCGACGGGUUCCUUCCCGACGUGCAGGUGCGUCGGCUGCGGGCCUGCGCGGAGGGCCUGUACCAGUCCUCGGCCAUGGCCUCGGGCGCCACCACAGGCGGCUCCAGCCGUGUGGGGCUUCCACACCGUGGCGACUUCGAUUGGUUAUGGCGGCUCCAGCGAAGUGGAGAGCACGGUCAGCGAGCUGUCCUCCUGCGUUGCGGAGGCGAUCGGGGUGCUGCAGGUGGGCGCGGAGCACGCCGGCAACGCGGCCGUGGCGUCCGCCCUGGGCGGCGUGCGGUGGUGCUCCGAGAUGAUGCUGACGUGUUACCCGGGCGAGAGCAGGGCCCGCUACUUCAGGCACACCGACAACUCCUCGGGCAACGGCCGCCUCCUCACAGGCAUCCUCUACCUCAACGAGGGCUGGCGGGAGGACCACGGCGGGGAGCUGCGGCUCUUCCAUCCAGGCGAGCAGAACCUGCGGAUCAAGCACGAGGUGGAGCCCAUCUGGAACCGCCUGAUCCUCUUCUGGUCCGACUCGCGGUGUCCACACGAGGUGCUGUCCGCGUGCCAGGACGACCGCUACGCGGCCACGGUCUGGUUCUACGACAAGCAGAACCCCUCGAUGCUCAUGAUCCCAAGGACGUCCUUGGCGCGCGUUCUUUGGCGGCUGCCGCCGCUGCCGCCCUUCCAGCGGUGGACGACGCCGACCGAGGGCACGCGGAGGUGGCCGAGGGGCGGCGGCUUGGAAGCGGCAUUCGGCGGCUCGAGGCCGUCUUCGGCGGCCCCAAAGUGGCCCUUGGCGGCUUGAAGGUGGCAGGCAGGCGCGUCUGCGCCGCCGCCGCCCGCGGGUGCGCAGCCGCCGGCGGGAGCGCGGCCGCCGCCAGUCACGGUCGGGAGGGGAUUAAGGUCCGAGCUACGCUCGGAUACGCAGAGCUGCGCAGCGCUAUCGGCAGGCUGGGGAUCGAGAAGUGA